AUGCCAAUCCGCAGAUCCUUCCUUCUGGCCGCAGCUCUGGCUACCCUCUCCCCUGUCCACGCCGACACACUCUCGAAGCCCGCGUUAACUGACAACCUCGACUAUCUCCUCGCCGGCAAUGUAGCAAACCUCCCGUCCAACGGCGGCCCCUACUGGGGAAAGUGGGAAGACGGCCUCAUGCCUGCAGACUGCAAGAGCAUCGCAGAAAGCCAAGGUCUCAACCCCACCGAUUUUGAAGUCUGGGAUAUUUUCUUCGACGACUGCCAAGAUGGAUGGAGCUUCUGUCGCCACAAGGACUCGGCGGAUAGCUUCGAGACACUGGUCGAUACGUUCGGGCGGAUUCCCGUCAGGAUGCGUAGCUGGGUGCGCCAUGUCCUCACCAUCCCGGGUGACAACUGGGCGUUCAACAGCAACGGCAAUAUCUGCUUCUCUGGAACAACAAGCCAGAACCUCGAUGUUGCGCUGCACGAGACAGGACAUAGUCUGGACCUCCUCGGCGCUUAUGGGAGCGGAGCGCUAUCUUCAAGCCAGGAGUGGCUGGACGCGUACAACGCCGACUCCAACGUUCCCGACAAUUACGCGCGGUCUAACCAGGUCGAGAACGUCGCGCAAAACACCGUCGUUGCCAUCUACGACAAGAACGUUCCCGGUGGGUUCCCUGGCGUGCAGGCUGAGUAUGCGAAGAUCCAGAACCAGUAUACCCUGGUCAAGGACAAGGCGGGCGAUCAGAUUGUCCCUGGUGGAACCUGUGACCGACAUUUGGAGAACUCGGAGACGGUUCCCAUGUCGGGAUCGAGCGCUAAGAGGGAUAUCAAGAUCAAGGGCAGAACUAUGGGAACUAGGGCAGUGACACAUGACUGGAAGUUCAAGGGAACAUACAGCAAUAUUGUCACGGACUUUGAGCCGUUUAACACGAAGGAUUUCCACCACUAG